AAGUCCAACGAGACGUGACCGGGUGGCGCGCUUAACCGUUCAGCGAGACUCCCCAUAAUAUCGUUUAAAGUGUUCGCCAAAGAGUUAACAGUUUACACUCAGCAAUCUGCAAUCUGCAGUCUUUAGUCUUCAGUCGACUCUCUACAGAUUACACUCUGGAAUCUACUGCAAGGCGUAGCCCCAAUGAAAGUUGUUGCUGUUUUGGUUAUUGGAUGCCUUGAAAGACUUUGACUUUGAGAUCGAUACGCAUUUCUUGAACGUUCCACAAUGUGCAAACUUUUGUGGUUUAGUGUUUGUUUUCUAACACUCUUGCCCCUGGCGCUGACUGCCGUCGGAUCAAAGGUCAAUGUCACAGACGCUCAGCAGACGCUCCAGACACCUCUGAUUGCUAACCACAACUCCACCGGAUCGCUGCUACCGAAAGCUGAGCAACUGAUACGCUAUCGUCGUCAGCCGCCCAAGCGCAACAAGCAGCGACGUCGUGUGAAGGGCAAGUAUGGACCACCCAGCCAUCCGCCUGGACCAUCACAUUCGUAUGGACCACCUGGUCAUCCGCCCGUGAGUUACUACAAGCCCGCGUCAUCCUCGUAUCCAUCGCAUCUGGAAGAGCCAAGCUUUUCCAUUGAGGACUUUCAGCAUUUGAAAUUCGAUGGCGCAGAUUUUCACAUACCUGCCUCCAGCUACGAGGCACAGUCCAUGGAUCUAAAUCUCUACAGUCACGAGCAGGAGGACAACGAUCUCUAUGGCGCACACAAAUUCCCCAGUCUGGAGUACAGUUUUCCUGGCGACGAGUCUCCUGCGCUAGGGUCGGACGAGCACACGCCACAUCAGAAAUAUGGCGUGCCACCACAACAGAGUCACAGUCAUUACAGCUCGAUUCCUAGCUACAGCGGUGGAUCAGGACCAAGCUACAGUUCAGGACCGAGUCACAGUCACAGCUCCAGUUCUGGUUACAGUUCAGGACCUAGCCAUAGUUCCGGGUACAGUUCAGGAUCCAGUCACAGCUCCAAUUCCGGCUAUAGUUCAGGACAUAGUCCCAGUUCCAGCUACAGUUCAGGUUCCAGUCAUAGUCCCAGUUCCAGCUACAGUUCAGGACACAGCUCCAGUUCCAGUUCCGGUUAUAGUUCAGGACCCAGUCAUAGUUCUGGUUCCAGUUACAGUUCCGGUCAUAGUUCCAGCUCCAGCUACAGUCCCAGUCACAAUUCCGAUCCAAUUCCCAGUCUCAGCUACGAGACCAACAGCUACGAGACACCGGACACUUAUAUCCCACAACAAUACGGACCUCCGGCAGCUGCAGCUCCUCCUGCGCCGCCCUCGACACGCUAUGGCGUGCCCUCGGCACCCGCUCAUGUGCCCAGCUACUCUCAGCCAGGUCCACCACCUCCGCCAGACUCCUACUCUAUCUACGAGCAAAAGAUUCCCAACACCGGCUACCAUCAGAACUUUGCAGAGCCGCCACGCGCCUCGCCUAACUAUGAGAUUGCAUACUCGCCGCCUGCCUAUGAGAUCAGCACUUCGUAUCAACCCAAGCAGCCGUCGUAUCAACCACCACCAGCGUCGUCGUCCCACGAUGGUCAUUUUGCAGAACCGCCGCCAGCUGCCCCAUCGCCGUAUACACCACCACAGCAACAUCAUCAUCAACAACAGCAGCCGGCUGAGCCGCCCAGCAGCUAUGGACCGCCGGAUGCACAAGUGCCCACCAGCUACACCAAUGUGGAGCUGCAUCCCACGGCACAGCAGUAUCCCAGCGAGAACUAUGCAUUGCCCUCCGAGGAGUUACCCUUGAAUCCGCAUCACAAAUUCCCUAGCUUUGAUUUUCCCAAGUCCAGCUACGAGGUGCCCAUCUACGAUCCGAUACCCUUCGAGGCAUCCAACAAAGAGGAGCAAGAAUCCUAUCCGCCGAUACUACAAGACCCCGGAUCGAAUGCUUUGCCUCCCUCGGAUGCACAUGCUUCAGGCACUACUCAGAAGAGUCGGAAACGCAAGCGACGUCCCUCAUCCGCAGUGAUCUCUAAGAAACACACGCUGGAUGUGCCUGAACUGCAGGAAGCCUACGAUGCCGACAGUCAUGUGCAGGUGCGUGGCACCGACUUGGACACUGCUGCCUACGGUUCUCGUUACGUGGAGCAAAAGCAGCGUCACUAUGUGGCGGCCACCAGCACAACAACAACACCAGCGCCUUGGAGUCCAAUGCGCAUGCGCAGCACAUCGAGUAGCUCCUUCAUACCCACCAUCAUCACCAGCACACCACCGACUCCUACACAAUCGAGCAGCAGUAGCAGUCGGAGUAGAAGUCGAGGCACCUCGCGCUAUCAUCAGCGCACUGCGAGCACCGUCGAUGGCAACUCGGAGACGCCUUCGACAGCGGUGACCAUACAAAAGUCCCGAUCACAGAGCUACUACGAUGGCACAAUUGCACCGCCCACCUAUCGGCAAUUUGGGCGUGGCACGCGACCCACACGACCAGUUCAGAGUCGUGGAGUGGGCGCCACUUUGGCCUUGCAGCCGGGAACCGAGAGGAAUCCGACGCUGAAACGAACCACCAAAGGCGUCUUCGAUACGACGCUCUUCAAGAGUCCGCAAACCGAUCGCGAAAUGGAACGCAAGCUCAGUGCUUUGCGUCAGAACUUGCCAAAAAAUCACAAACUAUAUUAGAUUAGAAUCUACAUCACAUAUAGUAUAUAUAGAAUAACAUCAAUAUCAUGAUCAGCAGAGAGGAAAACGUCAAGGAUGCGAUGCAGAGGAAUAAACGACUCCGAAAGACUUUGUUAACUGAGCUUAGAUUGUAAGACUAAGAAAAUAAAUUGGACUAUCCAUAA